CCCCUCCCUCCCUCCUCGCUUGAUUGUCAAUCUGUCAAGUUGAGUAAACUCAAUAAAAUUGAAUUUUAUUUAUAUUUUGAAUUAGUUUCUUGUGAUGAAUGAAUAAAUUAUGUAUAACUAUACGUCAAAAAGUUAAAAAGGCCAUUAGUGAUAUAUUGGUACGGGUUUAGAGUGUAAUAGGAUUAUAAAAUGGUAUCCAAUAAGAUGCAGUCGUCAUUGGACGAUUUAGUUCAAUAUACACAGCUUUUCAAGCCGGUCCCGACUGUUCUGCAAGGAACUGUGCUGCCUUUUUUGAUAAUAUACCCAAUAGUGUUUUAUUCAUGGAUCGUUGUGUAUGGUUUCGAGGAAAAUUUUGAAGCUGGGUUUGUGAGUGUCGUGGUCGUCGCUACUAUACAAAUUCUCAUAUGUCUCUGUUGCUAUUGGAGCGUCCACAUUCAGUGUUUCCUGUCGUGUUCCUCGGUUAAAGACCCAAUCCAGGCUGAGAUAGUGAAAGUUGUUCCCACAUCGAAUAAUGGAUUUUCUGAAAUUGUUAAACUCCAUCAUACCAAGUCAACCAAAAAGGGUAGCAUACACCCAGAUGUGUGGUUUAUAUUUCAAAAGAGUAAGUACAUUUACGACUGGGACAAGAAGUCUUUUCACACAAUUGAGUUCCCAAUUAGUAAAACUUACGAGGAGUAUAUGGAUUCCAAAGGUUAUGUGGACGAUGAAGCCAUUGAUAUUGCAGAAAAGGAGUUUGGAAAGAAUGAAAUGAUAAUGGUUGUUCCCGAGUUCAUGGAACUCUUCAAGGAACGAGCAACAGCACCUUUCUUUGUAUUCCAAGUAUUCUGUGUUGCACUAUGGUGUUUAGACAAAUAUUGGUACUACUCCAUAUUCACCCUUGUUAUGCUUGUCACGUUUGAAUGCACCUUAGUACAACAACAACUGCGGAACAUGGCCGAGAUCAGAAAGAUGGGAAACAAACCGUACAAUAUCAAUGUCUAUAGAAAUAGGAGGUGGCGGCAGAUAAUGAGUGAUCAGCUCCUACCAGGAGAUGUAGUGUCUCUUAUAAGAUCCACCAAUGACAAUCUAGUUCCUUGUGAUAUUGUGCUCCUCAGAGGUUCAUGCAUAGUGGACGAGUCCAUGUUAACCGGUGAAAGUGUGCCUCAAAUGAAAGAAGCAGUAGAUAAUGAGAAAAAUUUAAAACAAAAUUUAGACCCUGAAGGUGAUGGCAAGCUACACAUGUUGUUUGGUGGUACAAAGAUUGUUCAACAUUCCUCUCCUAGCAAAAGUACCUCAUCAGCUCUUAAGGCCCCUGACAAUGGGUGCAUUGGAUAUGUUAUUCGCAAUGGCUUUAAUACAUCACAAGGAAAACUUUUAAGAACUAUUCUGUUUGGUGUGAAGAGAGUAACAGCCAACAAUCUUGAGACAUUCGGAUUUAUCUUGUUCUUGCUUAUCUUCGCAAUCGCCGCGGCCGCGUAUGUCUGGAUCAAGGGCUGUGAAGAUCCUGAGAGGAAUAGAUACAAACUAUUUUUAGAAUGCACAUUGAUUUUAACAUCAGUUGUGCCUCCUGAACUGCCAAUAGAGUUGUCAUUAGCAGUCAACACAUCAUUAUUAUCUUUAUCAAAAUUAGCAGUAUUUUGUACAGAACCUUUCAGAAUACCAUUUGCAGGAAAAGUAGAAAUAUGCUGUUUCGAUAAGACUGGUACACUUACGAGUGAUAAUUUAGUUGUAGAAGGUGUGGCCGGAAUAGAGGACCACAAAGAUGCUACAGUCAUUCCAUUAUCUCAAGCACCGAUGGAGACAAUACAAGUGUUGGCGUCAUGUCAUUCUCUAGUACAACUGGACGAUGGCGUGGUGGGAGACCCCUUAGAGAAAGCUACUCUAAAAGCUGCCGAAUGGAACUUGACCAAAGGAGACGCUGUCGUGCCAAAGAAAGGAAAAUCACCAGGACUGAAAAUAGUUCACAGAAACCACUUUUCGAGUGCUCUCAAAAGAAUGUCGGUGAUAGCAGGCUAUCAAGUCAAUGAGAGAGGUUUUAUGGAAACCCAUUACAUAAGCAGUGUUAAGGGUGCGCCUGAAACUAUAAAGACCAUGCUCAAAGAGGUUCCCAGUCAUUACGAUCACGUCUACCUGACUCUAUCGCGAAGAGGGGCGCGAGUACUGGCAUUAGGAUAUAGGAAUUUAGGCAAAUUAAGUUCCCAACAAAUCAGGGACAUGUCUCGAGAAGAUAUAGAGUCUGAUUUGACUUUUGUUGGCUUUGUUAUCAUUUCGUGUCCCUUGAAGAGUGAUUCCAAAAAAGCGAUAUCAGAAAUCGUGAAUGCUUCUCAUUCCGUAGUUAUGAUUACCGGUGACAACCCUCUAACGGCGUGUCACGUCGCUAAAGAGCUGAAGUUCACUCAGAAGGAAGAAGUUCUUAUUCUAACUGAGAGUGAAAGUAAGUGGGGAUGGACUUCAAUAGACGAAGAAGUGAAUCUCCCGGUGAAUCCGUUCAAGACUUCGAAGCAGUUGACUUCGAAGUUCGACUUGUGUAUAACAGGGGAAGGUUUGACCUUCCUCAAUGAGCACCAUCACAAGUUCUUGCUGGAGUUGAUGCCUCAUAUAAAGGUAUUUGCGAGGUUCGCGCCAAAACAGAAGGAGUUUGUGGUGGUGACGUUGAACUCGCUCGGAUAUGUGACGCUCAUGUGUGGUGAUGGUACAAACGACGUGGGAGCUCUGAAACACGCUGACGUAGGCGUAGCGAUCCUCGCCAACGCGCCCGAGCGACCGCGCGAGAAGGUUCGAGAAGAACGCGCGGUGGAAGAGGCGCCGCGUCGCACGACAAGUCGCACGGACGCGCGAGCCGAGGCCGCCGCAAGACUCCGCAGAGCCAUGCGAGAGUUGGAGGAAGAGGAUAUGCAGCUCGUCAGGUUGGGAGACGCGAGUGUUGCCGCCCCAUUCACCAGUCGGCUGUCCAGUAUAUUUUGUAUCUGCCACAUAAUCAAGCAAGGCCGCUGCACCCUAGUGACAACACUACAAAUGUUCAAGAUCUUAGCUCUGAAUGCCCUCAUCUUGGCCUACAGUCAAUCAGUGCUGUACCUUGAUGGCAUCAAGUUCAGUGAUACUCAGGCUACGUUGCAGAGUCUCUUGUUAGCUUCAUGCUUCUUGUUUAUAUCCAGAUCUAAGCCGCUAAAACAGCUAUCGAAACAGCGUCCCCUGCCGAACAUAUUCAACGUGUACACAAUAAUGACGGUGCUCACACAGUUCGCGGUGCACUUCCUGUGUCUCAUAUACUUGGUGCAUGAGGCUACGUCGCGGUCGCCGGGAAGAGAUACAAAGCCGAAAUUAGACAUGGACUUAGCGGAGGACGAGGAGCGAGAGUUCGCGCCCGACCUGCUCAACAGCACCGUGUACAUCAUCUCAAUGUCUCUGCAGAUAUCCACCUUUGCUAUUAACUACAGGGGCGAGCCAUUCAUGGAAGGUCUCCGCGACAACAAGCCCCUGCUGUACAGUAUAAUGCUGUCGAGCGGCGCCGUGCUGGCGCUAGCCGCCGGCAUCUUCCCAGACCUCUCCAAUAUGUUCGAAAUUGUAUAUUUCCCACCUGAUUACCGAAUUAUAUUAGUACAAGUAUUGAUAGCGGAUAUGCUGUUCGCGUACCUAGUGGACCGACUCUGCCUCAUUCUGUUCGGCGAGGGGCUCAGAACUAAGGGCACGUAGCGACUUUACACGACUUUAUUGCUGCUAAUAUAGGUAAAUGUGUUGUACCACAGAUUAGCUAUUGAACAGAUACUUCAAUUGGAAUCUUAAAGUUAUUAUUUCCCUCGUAUCUACACACGUAAGUACACAAAAAUAUGUUGUUUAAUUUUGAACCUGUAUUAGAUCCUGCCUUAACUGCGUUCAACCAAUCAAAAUCUUCAAGUUUAUGAUACUGUAGCAUAAAUACGCUACGACAAUUUGUAUAUUUUGUUAUUAUUAUUAAUUUUAUCAAGUCGUAAUCAUACAAAACGGAGUAUCUGACAAUUGUUUAAUCUGUGGGCAUUUCGUGUAAAUAUCUAAAUUAUAAACAAAGUACGUUACUUGUCUCGGUGUAUUCUUAUGACUGGGGACGGUGUGACCGCUCAAAUAUAUGUGCAUUUAAGUAUGAUGGAUAAAUGUGUCGAUGGUAUUUAUGAAAUAUAAUUGUGUAGUUAAAUGUA